GUAGAUGCCAUGUGAGUAAGGUUAGGUUUAAAUUUACCGCUCACCGUAGGAUCAGAGCCGUGAUAGUGUAAACCACUGUCCGAUGUAAUACAGUAACAGGUUCAUAUAGUAACACAGGUAUGGUAGGCUAUAAAAACAGACGUUAAACAUAUACAUGAACUUACGGAAACAAGAAUAGAUUGUUACCUCUCAAGGACUUCAUACUUCGCAUAUGAAUUGGUAAUGAUCUAGAAACAAGAAGAUGGCAGACCAAGCACCCAGGAUGACUAGUACGUGGAGUAUGAACAGGGUAGAGGCUACUCAGCCAGUAGUGUCAGGGACGUCAAGAACGGCAUACGCCACCCGGAAGACUGUGGCGCAAGGCAUGCUGGACUUUGCUCUUCUAAUGGCGAACGCAUCCCAGCUGAAGGCCCUGCUGAAGUCUAAAACCGUCCCCCAUGACGCCACGUUCAUCGGUCUUGUGUUCCUCAUCGCCGUGUCAAUAAUACUACAGAUUAUCACCGGUGUCAUCAUUGCUGUCCUCGGCUCCAUGGACGUCCAUGACGAAGCCGCUCACAUCCGGGCACACCGACUCAACAACUCCACGGUGGGACUCAUCCUCGGAAUAACCAUCACCAAUGUGUUUAUAGCUGCGUUCGGUAUGGAGUUAUGACACUCUGGAUCUGCUACUGGGACAUACCAGAUGUGUUUAUAGCUGCGUUCGGUAUGGAGUUAUGACACUCUGGAUCUGCUACCGGGACAUACCAGAUGUGUUUAUAGCUGCGUUCGGUAUGGACUUAUGACACUCUGGAUCUGCUACUGGGACAUACCAGAUGUGCUGUUAUAUGUAUACAAUAGGAAUAUGUGGAACUGGCUAUUUGAAGUCUUUGAAUGGCAAUUAGAAGUGAUACACAUAAGGAAGAGAGUAUUUAUGGCAACAUCUUUUUUAUGAGGAACACAGCGUUGCGGAGUAUAUCCUUACUCCUUCAUACUGUGGAUGGGCAGGGAAUAUAUACUAGUAUAUGUAUAUGUGCGUCUAUAUUCGGCGCUAAUUAACUGUUAAGUGCUGGCUUCCAUUGUUUAACCUGCAUCUUUGUUGUCUUGUUACUUUUGUUGUUCUUACAUGCACAUAUAUGUGCUCUCUUCCUCGUACCAUCCAUUCACCUGAUGAAGGAGUAAUGUAUUAUGAGGAACACUAUGUUUCGGAGUAUUUCCUAUGUUGACAUCUAUAAAAAAU